GGGUAAAAAAAAAAGGAAAUAGAGAGGAGGAUACUAUAUUAGAGAGUUCCAGAAGAAGAGGAAGGGAUCUCAAAAGCAAAUUAGGGUUCAUUCAUCCAAGGAGAGGCGAUAACUUUAAAUUCUUGACGAGGCGAUGCCUGAAGCGUUUGAAGGCUGGAAUCAGUGGGUCGAAGAUCCGUGUUUGUUUUGGCGACCUGGGGAUUAUAACUAUCAGACGCCUAAGCAUGAUCCCGAAAAGGCUAUCUACACACCUGAACAAGAGUAUGAAAGAAUGAGGGAAGAAGUCGAUAAUAGCGAGGGUUUCGACAUCGAUUUCGAUAGCUUCCGUUGCGUUUUCAACUACCAUCGUGCAUACUUCGAGUCAAAUGAGUUCGUGGAUGAGCCAGAAACCACUGGAGAUUUACUCGUGAGGCUCUCCAAGGAGGCCCUAGAUAAUCACAAUGGAACAUAUGAGACAGAUUUUGAGUUUGUCAAGGUUGUUAAAGCCAACUUUCACUACUCUGCUGGAUUCAUGUUUCUCAUAACGUUUGAAGUUCGUGAUCCUUAUGAUGGUCUUAUCAAACCAUUCCAAGCAAGGGUGCGCCACCUUAAACAUACCUUCACUGAGCAUGUCUUCUGCAGGCCUAAACCCAACGCCGGAGUGGAAUACUUUGGGAAUGCCAAGACAGAUAUCGAGAAAGAUGCCAAGAAACAAAGAUUGGACUAGGAGCUUUACUAUGCUGCUACGAGUAGUGAGUAGUGAGUAGUGAAACCUUGAGAUAUCUCUCUUGUUUAGUUAUCUAUUUGCAUCCUGAGAAAUCUAGAUCUCUCUUGUCUUGUUUUUGAAUUUGCUUAUUGAAUAAACGAACCGCUGCUUUGUUCUCUUUUUA